AUGGAGGAAAGUAGGGAUGAAGAAAAGCUUCUGCAUCUCACCAAGGCGCGCAACGUCUGGGGUAUCACCGAGCUUAUUGACUACCAAUGUCUCGACACCGAUACCAUCACUUUGUCCUGCAUAGUCGCCUCCAACUUUGGUCGCCCUGUCAAGGGGUAUUGCACAGUCUUGGAGGUUCUGGAAUGUUUGCGCGACACAAUCAAGGCACUCCGAUCGCUGUAUCUGGAUGCUAAGAUUCUUCAUCAGGAUAUCUCAGAUAACAACAUCCUCAUCUCUAACGCCGGAAAUAAUAACCCAGACUCAUUUAAAGGAAUACUCAUUGAUUCCAAUAAUGCCAUGGACGUGGAAAUCGAACCCGAGAAACCUUACUCUUUGUCUGGAACCAAGACAUUCAUGGUCAUUGACUUGUCGCGCGGCAGCGACGAUCGCGUCCUUCAUACAUACCGCCCCGAUCUCGAGUCUUUCUUCUACGUGUUUUUGUUCAUGGCUGUCCCUGGACAUGGGAGAGCCUCUGACGAAAGCCGAUUGAGACCAUGGGAGGUAUUGUGGAGGAACUGGCCAGAGAUCGCUGAGAAGAAGAAGGACAUUUCCAGCGACGACUUUGCGGCCAUCCUUGCCGAGUUCUGCCCAGGGUUCAAGGGUCUCGAGAGUCUGGCUCACUCACUUCGCGAUGUGCUCUUCUUCCCAGAUGUGAACGAAUUUUUUACGGGAACAAGCAUAGAUAUUAGGGAGGCCGAAAAGCUGUAUAGCGCCAUGAUCGGCGCAUUUGAGAAGGUGGUCGUUGAGAAUAGAGAAUGA